UUUGACUACAUAGUUCAAUGUGCACAUUUUGUGCACAUAGAGGAGCUGAUGAAAAUACCUAAAAAUACAGACGCGAUGAUCGUUCUCAGGUUUCUCUCUGGUUUGAUGCUGUGAAAUAUAUUAUGUGUUCACGUGUUUUCUGACGAUUUUUGUGAGCCAUGUGAGGUUAUGUAACCUACUAUAACCUCAAAUUACGAAAUGUACUUGCACUGUUAAUGCGAGAGUAUUUGGCUGAUAGUGCAAUAAGUUCUAAUUAGUGUGAUUAGUGCUUAUUUAUCCCUGUUUAUAGAUUUUUUUUUAUCAGUUUUUUUAUUUGUGUGAUCAUGACAAUCAAAAAUGAAAAAGUAAAUGAAGGAAAAAGAGAUGAAAGUGGUGUUGCCGAAGAAGCAACUGCGAAUAAUGAUUUAUGGGAAUCUGAUAUGUAUCCAGAAAGAAGAGGAGGGCAGUAUAAGAAGAGUUGGUUUAAAAGAUUAAUUGGUGCUCAGGGACGAGAAUCGAUAGACAAAAAUAAAUGUGAAGACAAUGUUUAUAGAUGUAUAAAAAAUAGUCCUAUAAUAAAACUUAUGAUGGGAGCAUUGAAAGGUUCUGGAUGUGAAAUAGAUAUUCGUCGACAUAUUUCUUGUGAGGUAUGUAAUCCAAUUGUAACUGGUGGAUACGAUUCAGAAUAUAAUCAGAUAGUUGUCUGUCAAAAUUCGGCGAGUAAUGAAAACAUGGUUCGGAGUGUUCUUUUACAUGAAAUGAUUCAUAUGUUUGACUACUGUCGUAACAAAGUAGAUGUAACUAAUAUCGAUCACAUAGCCUGUACAGAAAUUAGAGCAGCAAAUCUUGCACAUUGUAGUUUUAUGGGCUCACUUUUACAAGGUGAUUCAUCUUUUAUUAACAUAAAAGCAACACAUCAGAAUUGUGUAAAAACUAAGGCUAAGAUGUCUGUAAUGGGUGCACGCAAAGUAUCAGCAGAAGUUGCAGAAGCAGCUAUAGAAAGAGUAUUUACAAAAUGCUAUAAUGAUUUAGAACCAAUUGGCAGAAGAAUUCGUAGAAAUUCUUAUGAUAUGCCAAGAGCAUAUGCGGAAGGACAUUUAUAUGGAUAUGAUAUUGUUGAGCUCAGAGGAUACCAUUAAAGUCCUGAGGAUACGAUUGCGUGACUCAAAAUUAAACAAAGACAGAUUGCAGCGUGACAUUUGUCUAAUGAGAGAGAUUUCUCAUUAAUAAUAUUGAAAUUACAAUGUAUGCGCGCUCAUGAAUUGGACAAUCGCAAGUUAUCCGUGACCUUUCUUGGCCGGUAAGUAUGGCAGAUGUGUUUCGAAUCAUCGUGCUUUUCACGAACGUGCACGAGGAUUAAUGCUAGAACAUAACUCAGCGAUGGCAUGUCAACCGCGGCCGAUAUUAAUGGCGCCGAACCGCAGUGGCGAGGUGAGAAAAUUUUAUGAACACCGUGUAAAAAGACGUUGAAAAUGUUCGUGCGCGGGGUCGACCGACAUUAUUUCAACACGUGAAUGUACGUAUGCGCUAAUACACACCGGGAAGAUUUAACUUGAGCAGUAAUUAGCUCGUUGUAGCGCACGUUGCUACACGUACGUAUCGCCUGGAUGUUACGUCAUGAAAUCGCAUCCAAUUUCUGAUUUAUGAGACAAUUGGAAAUGUCAACGAGCGAAAAAGAUGAUUAGAAACGGUUAUUAACGUUAAGAUAAACGAAUUAACCAUGAUGGAUAUAUAUAUCUUAGAUAAACGCGGUGGUUCUAAUAGAAUUCAGUAGAAGUUUAUGUGCAUAGAGUCAGAGUUAUUGAAAGUAUAUUGUAUUUCCCGUUAAUGUAAAAUAAAUUUGCAAUUACAAUGCAA